GUAACAGAGGUAACGGUUCGGCGAAGCCGGCAUUAGAACCGACGAUGGAGAUGAAGGACGAAGAGGACGAUGCCGAGAUUCAGGAGAGUGAAAAAAUGUUAUCCGACGAACCAUUCGAUCUGGACGAACUGUUGCCGGUGAUCGGAGAAUUCGGACGUUACCAGAAGCUGCUGCUCUGGUUGAUCUGUCUGCCGGCUUGCAUCCCGUGCGGGUUUUGUGCCUUCAAUCAGCUCUUCAUGACGGAUGUACCCGAACAGUACUGGUGCCGGGUGCCGGAACUAGCCAACUUCACCGUCGAGGAACGCAAACUGUACGCGAUACCGAUCGUGGAGGUAAGAACCAACCGUCGAUCGAUCGUCUACAGCAAGUGUUCCCGGUAUGCAGUGGACUGGAAGGAGAUUCUUAACUUCAGCGACGAAGCGACGGAACCAUUCGCACCGAACAGCUCGUGGCCGACAGAACCCUGCCUCGAUGGGUGGGAGUACAACACGACCGUGGUGCAGUCAUCAAUAGUGAUCGAUUUCAAUCUGGUGUGCGAUUACGACAUCUAUCCGACGCUUGGUUUGGUUGCACUCAACACGGGUGGCCCGGUCGGGGUGUAUCUGUUUGGGUUGCUAAACGAUCGUGCCGGACGCCGGAUAUCGUACUUCUCCUGCCUGGCAACACUGCUCGCUGGAAGCUUUAUCACGGCGGCCAGCACGGGCUUCUGGAUGUGGGCUUUUAGCCGAGUGAUCGUCGGUCUAACGAUCCCUGCCGUGUAUCAGAUCCCGUUCAUUAUAGCGCUGGAAUUGGUGGGUCCAAACUAUCGAUCGUUCGUCACCGUAAUGACGUGCACGUUCUACACGUUCGGGAUUAUGAUGCUGGCCGGUGUCACGUACCUCAUCCGGGAUUGGGUCGAGUUGACGCUCUACACGUCCGUGCCGUUUCUGCUCUACUUCCUGUAUCUGCUCGUGAUGCCCGAAUCACCCCGCUGGCUGCUUAUGAAGGGUAAGCUCGAGCAAGCCCUGCUGAUCCUCGAAAAGAUGGCACACGUCAACGGGAAACAGCUACCGGAAAGCUUCCGCAAGCGACUGCAACAGCGCGUCCUGGCCGAGAAGAACCGCACGACGAAGCGCUGUGAACCGACGAUCGGUGCGUUCGAUCUGUGCAAAACACCCAACAUGAGACUGAAGACGAUACUGAUCACGCUCAAUUGGUUCGCCAACGAGACGGUGUACCUAGGGUUAAGCUAUUACGGGCCGUCUCUUGGGGAGAACCAGUACCUGAGCUUCUUCCUGUCGUCGUUGGUGGAGAUCCCAAGCUACAUCAUCUGCUGGAUCAUCAUGGAUCGUUGGGGUCGUCGAUGGCCGAUGUGUUUGCUCAUGAUCCUAAGCGGUAUCAGUUGCAUCGUAACCGUGGUUCUGUCCGAAAACGCUGUCACCGAGACGCUCAUCUUGUACCUGCUGUCAAAGUCGAUGAUUUCGGCUUCCUUUCUCAUCAUCUACCCGUUCGCAGGCGAGCUUUAUCCGACGCAGGUCCGUGGCGUUGGAAUUGGCACGUCCAGCUACAUCGGUGGCCUGGGACUGAUCGUCAUCCCGUUCAUUACGUAUCUGGGCAAAGACAACCUCCGAUUGCCACUCGUCAUCAUGGGAUGCGUUUCGGUGCUCGGUGGUUUCACGGGUCUACGGUUACCGGAAACGUUACACCACCGGCUACCACAAACGCUCGAAGAAGGCGAACUGUUCGGGCAGGAUUGGACCAUCGACGAGUGCUUCCGGUGUAUGCCGAGCAAAAAGUCACCGACCAGCUCGUACGAGAACCUAUCGCACGAUCCCUCCGACACCGCGCUCGAGCUAAACGCGGCCAUUCCGAUCAACUCCGGUGCGUUUGCCACCGGUUCCGGUUCCUGUUCGACGGAACGGACACCACUCGAGCUCGCCCGGAUACGCCGGCAGUCGAUGAAACGGCUCGUACGUCAGGCCAGCACAAUGGACACACAGAAAACCCGCGAUGGGGCCAUGCAGCUGACGUACUGGUUUUAAGACGCACGAACGCCCUGGCACCGGUUCGAGGGAUUUUCUGUUUUUGUGAUAUAUGACUGCACAUCCGGACUCCGUGUACUCCCUCCCUCCGAAAAAAAAAGCAUAAAGCAUAAACACCGUGGAUGUAUUUUUUGUAUUAACAAUAA